AUGAAGGGAGAGGAGAUGAAACCAAGAGAUUUAAAGAAUUGGCUAAAAUGGAUAUACGGUAAGCUGCUGCGAGCCAUCAAGUACAGGAGUCAUCCCCAGACUCGGGACGAGUGCCCCCGGCCCGUCCUGCGCCCCGAAGCCGCCCGGCGCGCGCCAAGUUUCCCGCGGCUGAGGAGACGCGCCGCCUGCAGAGAGGGCGCCAAGAUUCCCGCCGACGGAAUCGACGUGUCGCGUCCGGAGCCGCGGGGACGCCCCUGGACACCGCCGCAGCCGCGAAGACCCUCUGCGCUCAGGGGGCCGGGCCGGCACCAGCCCAGGGGGCAGCCGGCCGGGGAAGGGAGGCAGCGCGCGCACUCACCCUACCUCGACCCCGUCGAGAUCUUCCGGAGGAGCCCAGGCCACCCCGGGGCAAUCUCGGCGUCGGGCGGCCGCCGUUGGCCCGCCAGAACAGCGCGCCCGCUGCAGGCGAACGCAGGAGCCCGGCUGCCCCGGCGCCCACCGCGGGACAGUCCGCGCCUGCGCCCCGUCUCCCCGCCCCCGGGACGCCGCCCGCGCCUGCGCCGUCUGGGUUCUUCGCGCCACUGGCGUCUAAGAGGAGGGGCCGGAAAUGCCGCCCGCAGGCGGGAAGCGCAGAGGAGAAAAUUCCGAAACGUGGGGGAAACAAUAGUUCGGAUUGAAGCGAGACGGGUAAACGACGACAGGGAUUGUUCCAAACAGGAGGCGGCGGCGUCAGGUAAGUCCCUCGGAAACAGGUUGGCGGCCGCAGCGCUGCCACUCCAGGCUCUGCGCGCCCUUACCGAGGCCCCGUGGCAAACUGCCCCUCCUCCCUCCAGCCGCACCUUCAGAGGCUCCUCUUGGAAAGCAGGACUCUCCGACCCGGCGCCGGGCCGCGAUCCGAUGCGGCUUCUGGAGCCUGACGUCGCCCCGGCCCGGGAGCUCAGGGUCGAGUGCUUGGCGGGCACUCGGCGGGGCAGACGCCUCCGGGAGCACCUUCUCCUUGGGCGCCUUGUGUUUUGAGAAGACCUACAUUACAGCAGUUACUUUAACGAGGUUACAGUAUCCCCCGUCCCCUAAUUGUCAACUUCCCCGGUAAAAAUGAGAACUAGCUCCUUUCCGCCUGACGCCUCUCUCUUCAUGGAGCCUUACGCACCAGCCUGACUUCUCGUGCAUGUGCUGCUCUAGCCCACUGACCUGCUUUCCAUACCCCGAAAUCUUUUAAAUAGAAAAUAAAUAGCAUUUACUGUCCCGCACCCCUUCCAAAUAAACUGAUGUUGAACCUCUGGUCUUCCGUCAAACUCAUCCUUAGGUUUCUAAAGGUAAUCAAAUAUAUAAUUUUAUUCCUAUUAUGAACUUGCCAAGGAACAAUGAAUAGCAUGACACAGUCAAGAUAGCUAACACAUGAGCAUUAAAGACAUAGUAAUGUGAGAAACAAGCACCAUUCCUAAAAAGGGAUAAAGGCUCACCUGAUUGUGGAGAAGAAAAGAAUUUAUUCAGGAUCUUGCAAGAACAGCGCACAACCAAAAUGUGGGGGGUUGGCCCGCAGAACAGUAGACCCAGCAGAAUUUAUUCCCUACGCCUAACCCACAAGUCCCUCCCCUGUUUCUCCAGAGGCUGGAUACUUCAGAGGUUAAUUCUAUUCCACAAGCCUAACUAGCCCGGCGCAAAUUGGAAACAUUUGAAACAAGU